AAUUAAAUAUUAAAAAAAUUAAAAACGAAUUUAUUUUAUAAAAAUUGACAAUAUAUUCAAUUAAACGAAAAAUGGAAACAGCAAAUUUCCUGGAACACGAAUAUUAUGGCGGUAGUCGCACCUUUACCUGGCUAGCCGAUCUUUCCGGUCUCUCCAUUGAUUUGAUUAACUUUUUAAUAUGCCAAGUCAUCGCACUCUUCCUAGCUUCGCUCUUCCGUUCAGUUUUGCAUCCUUCCAAAGUGUCUUCAACAGUACGACAUGUCGUUGCUCUCGUGCUUGGUUUGUGUUUUGGCUAUUUUUGUUUCGGUCCACAAGCCAUACAUAUUGCCGGUCUUCCAACUGUUUGUUAUGUUGUCAUACGUACUCAAAAUCCUCAAGUUGUACAAAGAUACGUCAUGCUAGUGGCAAUGACCUAUUUAUUAACAAUACAUUUAAUGCGCCAGAUUUACGAUAAUGGUUCAGAUUGUUUAGAUAUUACCGGACCUUUAAUGAUUAUAACGCAAAAAGUGACAAGUUUGGCUUAUAGCAUACACGAUGGCUUUGUGAGAUCGACAAAGGAAUUAACCAAAGCUCAACAAUAUCAUGCUGUGCGCAAAAUGCCUUCCACUUUAGAAUAUUAUUCGUUUGUUUUGAAUUUUCACGGUUUAUUGGCGGGACCGGCUAUUUUCUAUAAGGAUUAUAUAGAAUUUAUUGAAGGAUCGAAUCUAUUGAAAUCGCCGGCCAUGAAUGUGGAUAAUAUUAAAUCGCCGGUAAUCGUGGAACCGUCACCCGUCAAGGCGGUAAUUAAAAAAGUAGUUGGCAGUUUAAUAUGUGCGUUUAUAUUCAUCAAAUUUUCGAAAUUGUAUCCUAUUAAAAAUUUAAAAGACGAGGACUUUAUAAGCAACUCUUCGUCAUGGUAUUGCUUGUGGUACACUAUGAUGUCCACAACGUUUACGCGUUUCAAAUAUUAUCACGCUUGGCUGCUGGCCGAUGCCAUAUGCAAUAACUCUGGUCUCGGCUUUACUGGCUACGAUAAAGAUGGCAACGCUAAUUGGGAUUUAAUAUCUAAUAUUAAUGUUUUAGGUUUUGAGUUUGCUACCAAUAUGCGUGACGCUAUUAAUAAUUGGAAUUGUGGCACAAAUCGCUGGUUGCGUACGGUCGUUUAUGAGCGGGUUCCUAAAAAGUAUGGUACAGUUUUAACAUUUGCUUUAAGCGCCGUUUGGCAUGGUUUCUAUCCGGGCUACUACUUGACCUUCGCUACAGGUGCUCUUAUGGUAACAUCAGCUCGUGUGGCUCGUCGCAUGUUCCGACAUAGGUUCCAGCGGACACAGUUUACGCGCAUGUUUUAUGAUAUAUUAACAUGCUUAACAACACGCAUUGUCAUGGGUUAUACCACAUUCCCAUUUGUUAUGCUCGAAUUCAUGGCCAGUAUCAGAUUGUACCUGAACUUUUAUUUGUGCCUUCAUAUUGUUGCGCUCAUUACCAUUUGUAUUUUACCUAAAUUCAUAAAAGAUGAAAAACGCAUGAACCUAGUUGCGAUACCAGUACAAGAAACGUUAAGAACUGAUUGUGCUGAUGCCGUCUCUGCUCCUAAUGGACGCAAUUUAAAAAAAUUGCCAACAAACAAACAAAAUUCAUUGAUAAAUAUACUGGCCGUGAACGCCGCCAGUUACGUUAACACAGAUCUCAAUAAUGAUUUUAUAGAGAAUAAUUAUGAAUCUUUAAAACAAUCACAGCAACAAAAGCAACAACAACAACAACAACAAAAACAACAGCAACAACAACAAAAACAUGAACAUCAACAAAAACGAACUAGUUUGACCUCAGAAUUAAAUAAUAUAGCGAGUGAUGCUCGCGACGCGGUAAGUGUUAAACACGAUCAAUGUGAAAUGGAUCAAUUGUCGAGUAAAUUGAAGGAGAAGAUCGAAGCCGAAACCAAAAAUAUAGAGGAAUUUAUUGAUAAGACUGUUACGGAGACCGUUAGUGGUAUAGUUUGCUUCAAAAAUGAUCUUAUGCGUGAUUGUGAAUUUCCUCAUACUUUACGCAAACGUAAUACCGCGAAUUUAACGACCCAGGUCAACGAUGUAGCGGUGAAUGCUGCUUGCUUAAAACCUCAAUGCGAUGAAAACGCACCUUUCCUGAAAAAGGAAAUCGAAGUGAUCAACGCAGUCGUACAACAGGCAAACGUUUUGCCAGCCGUUUUAAGUAACGGUCAUGCAAAAUAGUAGUACCGCUGAGUGUAAGAACUUCUUGUACAAGCGAAUAUGGGAAAGCUUCAAUUUGUUGCCGCUAUGCUCUAUAUAUAGUAAAUAAUCCAGUAAUAAUUCCAGUACCAUCACAACGAUACCUACUC